CACUACGGCUAUUACUACCAGGAAGGCAAGUAGAAUACAGGAUGAAGACAGUUAAUUGUUACGUGCUGUUAUUUUGCUGGAUAGCAAUUUGUUGCAACAGCUGCCAGCUCACCAACAUUACCAUAGCAGUGGAGAGAGAAGAAUGUGAGUUCUGCAUCACAGUGAAUGCCACGUGGUGCUCCGGGUACUGCUUCACAAGGGACCCGGUAUACAAAUAUCCACCGGUAUCAUCCGUUCAGCAAACAUGCACCUUCAAGGAGGUUGUGUACGAAACAGUGAAGAUCCCUGGCUGUGGUGACCACCCUGAAUCCUUCUAUUCGUACCCAGUAGCUACAGAAUGUCACUGUGAGACCUGUGACACUGACACCACUGACUGCACCGUGAGGGGACUGGGGCCAUCCUACUGCUCCUUCAGUCAGAACGGAAGCAACCAGUGA